AUGUGCGUUGUGCGGCCUAGGCAUAAGAACAUCGUCUCUUUAAACCUGAAAGGCACUCUCUUCAACCCGAGUGACCUGAAACUGCGCGCCUCUGAAGUUGAGCCCUUCUUGAAGCUAUGCGAGACCUUCGCCGUCUACACAGUGACCCAGGUCGCCGAUGACGCAGAAGAAGAUGCCAUCAGGAAGGCGCUUAACGAAUGCGGCGCCUUGGACAGAGGGCUUAAGGAGCACCGCAUCAUGUUCUGCGACACAAGCCCAGGGGCGGUCGCCAUGGUCCGUCAGCUGCAGCCUCAUCUGCACCUUGAGACUGACGCGUGGGUCUCGGAGCAGCUGAAAGGCAAAAUCGCUGAUGUGCGCACAGCCAAGGAGGGCCUUCAGGUAUUGGUCGGUAUCGGGGCCCCCGUGAGGGGUAGCAGCAACAGCAGCAGCAGCAGCAGCAGCAGCGGCAGCAGUGGGAUAACAACAGCAGCAGCAACGCAGGACGCAGACGUCAACGACUGGCUGCUGCAGACAGCAGGACCGGUGCAGCAGCUGCUGCUGGGGCCUCCCGCUCCAGCACCCGCAGCAGCAGCAGCAGCAGCAGCAGCAGCAGCAGACACAGCAGCAGAAGCAGCAGAUUGGACUGCUGUUGCUGUUGCAGCAAGAGGAACAGUUUCAAGUCUGCAUCCAGUUACUGGAGAGCUGCGGUGGCGGCUGCUGCUGGGCGACUGCAGGCAAGUGCUGCAGCAGCAGCAAGUGGGGCCGCUGCUGCUGCUGCUGGCAGCAGUAAGCCACCCGCUCUCAGAAGCUGCAGCAGCAGAAGCAGCAGCAAAGCCUGCAGCAGCAGCAGGAACGCUGCAUGCAAUUGACCUCAGAAACGGGGUGCUGCUGUGGAAGGCGGGGGACGACAUCACCAGUUUUGCUGCUGCUGCUUCCGGUCCAAACGCAGCAGCAGCAGCAGCAACAGCAGCAGCAGCAGCAGCAGCAGCAGCAGCAGAAGCUUUCUUUGUCGCUGCCCUCACCCCAAGGGGGCUGGAGACGCGAGAUGCUGUUUCGGGCCGUAUCUUGUGGACCCAGCCCCUCAGCAGCAGCAGCAGCAGCAGCAGCAGCAGCAGCAGCAGCAGCAGCAGCGGCAGCAGCAGCAGCGACAGCAGCAGCAGCAGCAACGGCAGCAGACCACUUGGCCUUGUGCCUGUGCAGCAGCAGCAGCAGGGGAAUGCCUCUCAGGCCAUCUUUUGUGUGCUGCAGCAGCAGAGCAGCAAGAGCCCAGUCAGCAGCAGCUGCUACCACGCCUGGAACGGGCAGCAGCAGCAGCAGCAGCAGCAGCAACAGCAGCAGCAGCAGCAACAGCAGCAGCAGCAGCAAGAGGGGCCUGACGCCGCAGAAGCUGUUCACAUCGAGCAUCUUGAGGACAAUUGUUUCGCUCUAACAAAUGAAUCCGGGGUGUCGGGUGAAGAGUGGAUUCUCACGCCUUUACGAAAAAACGACAAGGGACAGGACAGGGCCGUGGUUGCUGUGAGGGUUUCUGACGGUCGCAUUGAAUCUAAAUUGGUGGACCUUCAAACUUUCAAGGAGACUCCGUUCCUCACGGAGCAGCUGCCAACAGCAGCAGCAGCAGCAGCAGCAUGGGCGGGCGUGGGUGUGUCCCCUUGGGGCCAGCGGGCUGCAUCGGCGUUGGCCUUUGCUGCUGCUGCUGGUCCGCAGCAGCAGCAGCAGCAGCAGCUGCUGCUGCUGCUCUCAGACUUCUCGCUGCUGCUGCUCAGCAAAGGCCAGGGAGUCGCCUGGAUUAGAGAAGAGGGUUUAGGACUCAUCAGCGCAGCUGCUGUUGGUUUGCUGCCGGCGGUUGGAGACGGAGAGGACGAGGCAGCAGCGGAAGCUGCUGCUGGGCAUGGCCUCGUGCGAGCAGCAGCAGCAGCAGCAGCAGAGGCAGCAGCAGCAGCUGCUGCUGUGGCUGCUGGUGUCGGCGGUGCUGCAGUUGAUGCUGCUGCUGCGCUUGUCUUGAAGGGUGUAAACUUUGUUGCUUCUUUUCUUGGCAGAGGAGAAGAACAUCUCCCAGUGACUGCAGCAGGCCCCAGCAUUUUGUCUUCACGAUUUAAUUUCAAGUUGUCUGCUGCUGCGAAGCUGCAAGCUCUGGGUCUGCAGCAGCAGCAGAAGCAACAGCAGCAGCAGCAGCAGCAGCAGCAAGAGCAGCAGCUUCUGGCAGCAGAAAUGCAGGCUAAGCGCAAGGCCCAGCUCUUUGGUUGGCGCAAUGUGUAUGGGUUGCACGCGGCUACGGGUUUGCUGCUGUGGCAGCUGCAGCUUCCGAGCAGCAGCAGCAGCAGCAGCAGCAGCAGCGGCGCACUUUGCUGCUGUUUGAAUCAGCUGCAGAGCAGCAGCAGCCACCUGGCUGCCCGCGCAGCUGCAAACGGCAGGGCCAACUGGGGAGCCCCUGAAGGCCACUGCAGCAAAGACAGAACUAAGCAGCAGCAGCAGCAGCAGCAGCAGCAGCAGCAGCAAGUUUGCGACUGGCAGCUGGUGUCUCUUGAGCUUGUUGGGCCGCAUAAGGCGACUGUCUUUGUUGCUCUUGUUAAUCAGAAGCUGCAGGAGACGGAGCUGCUGUGGAUCGACCUGGGCAGAGGGCUGGUCCAGCAGCUGCAGCACGUGAAGUUUGCUGCUGCUGCAGUUAUCCCGCUGCAGCAGCUGGAGCUGCAGGACGCAGCAGCAGCAGCGGCUAGUGCUGGCGUCUCUGCUGCUGGGAAGGCGGACGCCCAGGCACCAGAUUUGCUGCUGCAGCGGCUGCAGCACAGCAGCAGCGCCGUGCUGCUGCUCCGGAAGCAGCAGCAAAAACACCAGUCGGAGCAGCAGCUGCUGCUGUCUCUAGCAGACCCGCAGCAGCAAAUUGUUGCUUCUGGAGAGGUUACUGAGCAGAUUCCCCUACCUCUGGCGCACCUGCUGACUUCGCGACUUUCUUUUUACAUCGUCGACGAAUGCAGCAGCCAGGUCGAAGGGUUUGCGGUGCUGCCUCUGUCCGACACAGUGGAGCAAACCACCAGGGAGACUGUGAAGAUGGGGACUUUGGUCGCGUGGUCUCUGGACUUCGCAUCACAGAAGCAGACUGUUCUCACUACGGCGGGCUCCAUGCAUCGGUCGCUGCAGCAAGUGCCCGUCUUUGUGCAUGCUGAUGUUUCUGUGGGGUAUAAGCACAUUGACCCGAACCUUUUGGCUGUUGUGACUGCUGACGAGGGUUUAGGGGGAGCACUUACGCUACACCUUCUAAAUACCGUCUCUGGAGAAAUGGCCCAUCAGCAAGUUCUCCCCGCGGGGGCGUCCAAGCCCCUCCUCAUUGCUGUGUGCGAGGACUCGGUGUACGUACACUUCUGGAACAUUUUUGCUGCGCGCUUCGAGCUGCUAGUUGUAACUCUCACUGAGGACCGUCCCGACCCCGGGCCCCUGGGCCUCAUCUUCCCCUCUGCACGCCGCAGCCCCCACAAGUCCGGCUUUACUGUGGGCCGCCCCCUGGGGGCCUCCAGAAGCUACGCACUGCCCUGGGGGGCCUCCGCCCUGGGCCUCACGGCCACGGCCCAGGGGGUCACCCCUCGCGCCCUUCUGGUGGUGGGUCUGCCUACGCACUGGGGGGCCCCAGGGGGCCCCCGGGGCCCCAAGGGGCCCCCUGGCUCCCCGGAGCCCCAAGGGGCCCCCGGGGCCCCAAGUGGCCCCGGGGUGCCAGGGGUACCCCGGGGCCCCAAGGGGCCUCCGGGGCCCCAAGUGGUCCCGGGGAGCCAGGGGGUCCCCGGGGCCCCAAGGGGCCCCCGGCACUCCAAGGGGCCCCCGGGGAACCAAGGGCUCCCCGGGGAACCAAGGGGCCCCUUUGAGUCCCGGGGAACCAGGGGGCCCCCUGGGGACCCGGCGAGCAGCAGCGCGCAGCAGAUCCACAUGUUGUCGACUCGUCUGGCGAGCGCCAAGCGCCCGUUGCCGGCUGCCGCUGCGGGCGCUGCAGCAGACGCUGCAGCAGCAGCAGCAGCAGCAGCAGAAGCUGCUGCUGCUGUGCCUGACAACGUCCCCCCCUACUCUCCCGUGCUGCACCUCCUCCCCACAGACACUCUCUCUCGCGACCGCACGGUGCCCCAAGUUCGGGGGAUACACGCGCAUCCUUCGGAGAGAGAAUCGACUUCUUUGGUUUUCGCCUUCGGCUUAGACCUCUUCUUUUCUCCUGCCCAGCCCGCCAGCGGCUUUGACACGCUUUCCCCAUCCUUCCCGUUCUCUUCUUUGCUGCUUGCCUUUGCUGCUCUCAUUGCUGCAGCAGCAGCAGCAGAUUACACUCAAAAGAAAAAUGCACUUAGCGCGAAGUGGGCGUGA